CAACCAGUGAAGGGAGCAAAGCAUGAGCACCGCAAGCAUGAGGGGCAUCGCUCUCCUCGUCGCUCUCGCUGCCGCGCUAACCUCGUGCCGCGGCGCCUCGGCGCCUCACCAUGCCUUCCCGCCGGCAGGAGCACCAGCUCAGGCACCCAGUGCCGAGGCGCCGCUGACGGGGCACCAUGGCGCCGAGCACGGGAAGCGCCACCGCCAUGAGCUGGCGCCGGCGGAACCACCGGCCUACCACGGCUCGCCUGACCACAAGCACCAUGGCCAUCAUGGCCACCAUCAUCGUCGUCACCACCAUGACCAUCAUGAAGCUCCGCCAAGCCCUUCCCCGGCUCACCACCCUCCACCGCCCCCUCAUCACCACGCGCCACCCCCACCACCCCAUUUUACACCCCCUGGCCACCAUGCACCUCCACCCCAUCAUUCACCGCCGCCACCCUCUCACCACGCAUCACCGCCUCAUUUUCCACCCCCUACUCACCGUUCACCCCCACCCCCAGCUCACUAUGCACCGCCGCCUCAUUUCCCACCCCAUGCUCACCAUGCUCCACCGCCGCCACCUGCUCACUACGCGCCACCGCCACAUUUUCCACCCCCUGCCCACCACUCACCACCACCUCCUCACCACUCAUCGUCGUCACCCCCAGCACACCACUUGCCACCCCCGCCUCCAUUCCGCUACCCACCGCAUGUACCAGCACCUCCACCGCAAAAGCAUUCGCCGCCGCCUUCUCAUGGCAAGGCACCACCACCGCAUGGCCACAGGAAAUUCCCGCCGCCAAUGCGUUCACCAUAUUCAGCUUUAGCUCCAUCACCUGCUGAUUACAGUGCCAUCUCACCAUCUGAGCAAGGUUCCAAGCUCCCGUAUCAUGCUGCCCCUAGUAACGCGCCUCUGGCAGGUCAAAAUGGAGCAUCACCUCCGUGGUAUGUUUGAUGCUAGAACUUUGCAGUUGAACUUUGCACAAGAGAUCGAAAUCUCAUUAGCUACUUCAGAGGGCAGCCUUACUUUUUUCAUCAUUCUCCAUUCCAGUAAGAAGAUUACUGAAUCAAUUAUGUACCACAUUUGAAGUCAUGUUGUUCUUGGAGUCCUAUAUCAAAAUGUCUCUUUGUCGGAUGGUGUCUAUGUUAUGAGAACCGUACUUUAAAAAAUUUCCCCGUCGUUGAUCC